AUGUUGGAUGCGGCUGUGAUCCAAACUACUGCUGCUCUCUUUGGGGAGUGGCGGCGUUUCUGGGGAAGGUUUGCUCCAGCGAGGUGGCAAUUUAAGCCGCGCCUAGCUAUUGCGUCCGUGUCCCGAUCUUCUAGUGACUCAGAGGAAGUGUCGGAGGAGAAAGCCAAGGCUUCCAAGCCCUCGAUCACGUCUAAUGCCAACAAGGAAGUGAAGAAGCCCAAGCAGAGUGAGACUCCUGCCACCACGUCUUCAAACCUAGUCAACUCGACGGGUACUGCGCAGAAGAAGAAGGGCCAGAACAACAAAAACAAGAAGCAAGCUGCCAACGGCGCGGUUAACUAA